CAACGCAAUGUACUGGUAACGGGGGUCGGCAUGGCCAAGGGCCUAACCCUUGCCCGAUCGUUCUAUCUUUGUGGCCAUCGCGUCGUGGGCGCAGACGCUGAGAAUCACGGCAUCCCCUGCUCCGGGCGCUUCUCGCGGUCUCUGUCCCGGUUCUACACCCUGGCCAGGCCCGGCAGUGACGCAGGACAGGAGGGAUACAUCCGGAGCCUGGUCGAGAUCAUCAAGGCCGAGGACAUCGAUCUGUGGGUUUCCUGCUCUGGAGUGUCGAGCGCCGCCGAGGACGCAGAGGCCAAGCAGAUCAUUGAGGCCAGCGCAACACUGGGCUGCCGGUGUAUCCAGUUCGAUGUGGCCACGACGAUGGAGCUGCAUGAGAAGGACACUUUUAUGCGGGCGGCGAAGAGGCUGGGCCUGCCUGUGCCCGAGACGCAUGAUGUGACUUCGCAUGAGCAGGUAAUGAACAUCCUCAGGCGUGGAAGUGGCAAUGGCAGUGGAAGUGACAGUGGUAGCGGAGGCGGCCACAAGUCCUUCAUUCUGAAGACUGUAGGCGUAGACGACAAGCACAGAGCCAACAUGACCCUGCUGCCACUGCCCUCCUGGCCAGAGACCGAGCGCUACGUCUCCCGCCUCCCCAUCUCCAGGACAAGCCCCUGGAUCGUGCAACAGUUCAUCCCAGGUGGGCAGGAGUUUUGCACGCACGCGCUCGUCGUGCGCAACGAGGUCAGGUGCUUCACGGCGUGCCAGAGUGCCGAGCUCCUCAUGCACUACGAGGCACUGAGCCCGGACUCGGCGCUGUACAAGGCCAUGCUGGACUUCACGCGCGAGUAUGUAGCACGCCAUUCCUCCUCCAAAGGUGUCGGGGAGAUGACGGGCCAUCUGAGCUUCGAUUUCAUGGUUGAGGACGUCGCAGUCAGCGCAUCGAAGUAUGAGAGGCGGGUUUAUGCUAUAGAGUGCAACCCACGCGCUCAUACGGCUGUGGUGCUGUUCGCCCAGCACGGCGCAGAGAUGGAAGCCAUGGUGGCAGCCUACAUUUCAGCUACAGACGCUGUCAGCAGGGACAAACAUCGUGAUAGCAAUGGCGAGAACCCCAGAGAUGUUAUGCAGAUCUCUCCGCCAGUCAACACUCUGCCGCGCUACUGGCUAGCCCACGAUCUCGUGUCGCUGGUGCUCCAGCCAUUGGUCAGGCUUGUCUUCUCAGGUGACUGGAUUGCUGGUGCCGAGCUAGUCAAAGGGAGCAUCAAGCUUCUCGAGCACAUCCUAACGUGGAAGGAAGGCACUUUUGAGGCGUGGGAUCCGAUGCCUGCUUUCUGGCUCUAUCAUGUGUAUUGGCCGCUCACUAUCUUGUCUGCGCUCUGGCGUGGUGUGAGAUGGAGUCGGGUUAAUGUUAGCACGACCAAGAUGUUUUUGUGCUAG